CAACUCUUUUAGGACUGAAACUACCCCCCAACACUCACACACAAACAGUGGUCCCUUUUCUAAGACCAUGACGCCUAAAAGCACUGGCUCUAAGAUCUCAGACAGGGUGAGGGCCUUUGAGGAGCGCAGAGCCAGCGUGGACCUACCAGAAGACAAGAACCCAGAGAAGAACGAAGGGGCCGCCCAGAGGAGAGCUGCAUUCAAACAACGCGCCUCUUCUCUGGAGGACAAGAGCACCUACACCCUCAAGGUCCAGGACUACCAGAACAAGUUCACCGAGGAGCUCCAGAGAAUCAAGAAGCUGGUGGGAAAACCCAACCUGAAGAAGGCCUACUCCACCGAGCAGCUGGCCCAGAAGGAGAGACCCAGCCUGGGCAAGCUGGAGCCAAUCCCACCCCAAGUCAUCCGAAAGCUGGAGGCCCUGGAGGAAAGAACGGUGAAGAGUAGAGUGGGAGGCAUGACACAGGCGGGAUUGCAGGGGAAACCUGUGGAUGGCUCAUCAAAACCAAGCUCCAGGACCAUCUCUGUUGCCAUGGAGACCGCAUCGGCUCAGCAGUUACCGGGGAAACCAUCGCUAACAGCCAAAAGGGCAACCCCCACAAGAAGCAACAGCUCACCUCUCUCCCCAUCCCCAACAACCAAAGACCCGACACUGGACCAGGCAGACCGAUCUUUGAGCCCGACUGGGAAGCGAACAUCUCCAGUGGGCACAAGAGACCAGGCACCCAGGCCCCAGACCCUCUCCCCCCUUACCCCCUCCGCCGCAGCUCCCAUCAGCCCCCUCACCAAGAGACGCAGAGCCGAAGGGGGGGCGAAGCUCACCAUCCCCACGAUCCUGGUGGAGGACGAACCCAUGGAGGCGGAGUGCGAGGGGGACCGGAGGAGGAGAAGGAGGGGGAGCAAGAGGGGGCAGCCAAGAUCUCCGGAAGAAGGAGCCUCCUCUGAUGACUCCUACCAGUCUGCAGACGAGGAGCCAGCCGAAGGCCCCAGGAACCAGAGGCCCCUGAAAGAUGGGACAGCAGCUAACGGAGCAGAGGGGACACAAUCUGGCAACCCUAGACCCACAGAGACAACCCAGAAGCAUCGUGGGAGCACCAGGGUGGGGUCCGAUGAGGAGUAUCUGAGCCCUCAGGAGGAGCCCAUGGAGGUCACGCCUUCCACUGCCCCCAUCAAGAGAGUGCAUUUUAAAGAGCCACCUCACUUCCAGUUAGCACCCAGCGACGUCUCCGUAACCGAGGGCAACGACGUCAUCAUCAGUGCCAGAGUGCGAGGCCAACCUCCUCCUAUGGUCCACUGGUCCAAGGACAGAGCCAGCAUCACUACGUCAGGCCGCUACUCCCUCACACAGACUGAAGAGGGCGCUAUCGAGAUGAGGAUUACAGCAGCGCAGCAGUCUGACGCCGGGACCUAUGUGUGCAAGAUCAUCAAUGAACACGGGAUCAAGCAGGCCCAGUGUAAAGUGGAUGUAAACGCUUCCAGUGCAGCAGCCUCCUUGAAGAUCCUGAGGAACGUGAAGGACGUGUCGGUGCGGGCGGGGGAGUCGGCCAUGUUUGAGUGCCUGGUGUCUGGUCCGGCUGAUGUGGACGUGGACUGGCUCUCCAACGGCAAGCUCAUCCAGCCCGCCCUGCUCAACUGCAAGAUGACCUUCGAUGGGAGGAGGUGCCGCCUCUUGUUGAACUCUGUGCAUGAGGAUGACAGUGGGACUUACAUGUGCAAACUGAGCACCGCUAAAGAGGAGCUGACCUCCAGUGCCCACCUAAAGGUCAGUCCGUCCUGGGAGCCUCUCUUCACUCGCAAACUGGACGUGCUGGAGGUGAUGGAGGGGCGCACGGCCAGGUUCAGCUGCAAAGUCAGCGGAACGCCUCCCCCUACAGUUUCAUGGAGGCACUUUGAGAGCCCUGUGGAGGAGAGUGAGAAUGUGCGCGUGCUCCAGGAGGGGGGCAGACACUCCUUGGUCAUCCUCCACGUGAGCACCCACACAGAGGGCUUCUACACGGCCGUCGCCCAUAACCCCCACGGGAGAGCGGAAUGCACGGCCGAGCUGUACAUGACAGAGCCCCGCGCAGCACUCACCUCGCACAUGACCAAGCUGGAGAAGAUGCCAUCCAUCCCAGAGGAGCCUGAGUGUGCGGAGGGGGAGGUGGAGCGCAGGAGCAUGCCGGACUUCGUGAGACCUCUGAGCGACGUGGAGGUCAUCGAGGGCAGAGAGGCCGUACUGAAGUGCACUGUGUCCGGACUGCCUUACCCCUCCAUCAGCUGGUACCACAACAGCAAGCAGAUCCAGAGCAGCGAAGAGCGCAAGAUGACACACUACAGGGAUGUGCACAGUCUGGUGAUCCGUAGUGCGUGUCACGCCCAUGGAGGGGUCUACAAGGCUGUUAUAUCCAACAAGGUGGGCAAGUCCGCCUGCUACGCUCAUCUCUAUGUCACCGACAUUGUACCUGAGGCUCCGGACGGUCCUCCAGAGAUCGAGUCCAUCACAGGGAAGAACAUCACUUUGAGCUGGAAGAGACCCAAGAGGAGCGACGCUGCACUAGAUUCCGGGUCUUUGCUGUAUGUGGUCCAGCAGCAGGCUCUAGGCUCUAUCCAGUGGAGCGUGGUGGCGUCUAACCUGAGGGAGACCAGCUACACCAUCACGGGCCUGUCUAAAGGGGUGCGCUAUGCCUUCAGAGUCCUCUCCUCCACGGGCAAGAUGUUCAGCAAGCCUUCGCCUUCCACAGACCUGGUCACACUGCUGGACAGAGGGCCAUAUUUGAGGAAAGCACCGGUUAUCAUGGACAAACCUGAUGUAGUGUACGUGGUGGAGAACCAGCCCAUCAGCAUCACCAUCCAACUCAACCACGUGCACGCCACUGUCACCUGGAAGAGACGUGGCACACCUCUGGUGCACCGGCCGGGCAUAUGCGAGCUCUCCAUGCCUGACGACGAUCAGCACAUGCUCCGCCUCCUCCGCGUCCGCUCCACAGACCUGGGCCAAUUCAUCGUCACGGCAACCAACCAACACGGCAGCGACAUGGCCACGCUCCAGCUCGCCUCGGCAGUGCCGCCAAAGUUUGAAAGCAUCAUGGAGGACGUGGACGUGAGCAUUGGGGAAACAUCUCGACUGGCCGUGGUGGUGGAGGGGAAGCCAGACCCCGACAUUCUCUGGUUUAAGGAUGACGUUCUUCUGGCCGAGAGCAAUCACUUCACCUUUGUGUACGAUGACCCUGAGUACUCCCUGGUGGUCCUGAACGCUCAAGCCGACCACACCGGAGUCUACACCUGCACCGCCAAGAACCUGGGGGGCGCCAACUCGUGCAAGGCCCAGCUCACCGUACAUACCGAACCAAAAGAAGAACCAGAGUCUGUGGAGGACCAAGGCUCCAUAUUGCGCAAGAUGAGACGCCUGACGGACUACUACGUGGUGCACAAGGAGAUCGGGAGGGGUGCCUUCUCCUACGUGAAGAGGGUGACUCACAAGAAAGCCAAGACCGAGUACGCUGCUAAGUUUGUGUGCGCGCGGGGAGCCAAGAGAAAAGAGGCCGCGCUCAAAGAGAUGGAGCUAUUGAGCGAGCUGGACCAUCCCAACAUCCUGUAUUUCCACGAUGCCUUUGAGAAGAAGAACAUAGUGGUGCUCAUAACAGACCUAUAUCAUGAGGAAAUGUUGGACAGGAUGGCCAAGAGAACCACAGUUAUGGAAGUAGAGAUUCGAAAGAGCGUGCAGCAGAUUCUCGAAGGACUGAGAUAUCUUCAUGAGAAAAGCAUAGCACAUCUCGACGUAAAGCCAGAGAACAUCCUUUUCUCCAGCCCGAGCAGUGAUCAGAUCCGUCUUUGUGAUUUGGGGAAUGCUUUGAAACUGGACACGGCCGAGGAGCGCUACCGCAAAUACGGCACGCCAGAAUACAUCGCACCAGAGAUCGUUAACCAAACCCCGGUCUCCAUGGCAACCGACAUAUGGCCCGUGGGAGUCAUCACUUACCUCUGUCUGACAGGUGUGUCUCCCUUCGCCGGAGAGAAUGACAGGGCCACAGCGAUGAACAUCCGAAACUAUAACGUGGCCUUUGAGGAAAGUAUGUUCUCGGACCUGUGCAAAGAGGCUAAAGGGUUCGUCAUUAAGCUGCUCGUGGUGGACAGACUGAGGCCCACAGCUGUCGAGUGCCUUCGCCAUCCCUGGUUCAAGUCCCCCACAAACAAAAGCAUCGCUACUGCACAGCUGAAGCAAGUGCUGUCCCGGAGGAAGUGGCAGCGCUCUCUUAUUAGCUACAAAUCCAAGAUGGUGAUGCGCUCCAUCCCCGAGCUCUUGAGUGACUCCUCCAGUCACGUGUCCAUCGCUGUGGCCCGGCACCUGAAGGAAGGUACCCCCCCGCCCUCCUCGUCCUCCGACUCGGAUGCCGAUGUAGACGAACUACCCUUCAUUCCCAUGCCCCUCUCCAUGGUCUUCUCCGGGUCACGCAUUUCCCUCAACGACAUCCCGGGAGACGAAGAUGUAGCGGCGUGGUCAUCAGAAAAAGCAAACAUGGAAGACAUACGUGAGGAAGCAAUGGAAGAAGGUAAAAAAAUUCAGAGAGUUCCACUUAAAAAAGGUUCAAGCAUUGAAACGGAUGAAUCACAAACCAAAUCCAGGCGCGCUACAAUGAGGCGGGGUAGCUCUGCGGAUUCAGCCCUCCUCCUCCAUAUUGACCCGGAAGAGGCUAGCGCUAACGAGGAAGCUUCAACCCCUAACAAGACACUAAAGAAGGCAGUUUCCAUGGAGCUGCCCAAUCGUAGCCCGAGUCCUGGUCCAGGGAAGCUAAGCCAAGAAGACUACGCUCUCAAACUGGAAUUAAUGCGACAAAGACUAUUACGCGGAGGAGGUGCGGACAAAAAGAUGAGCGGGUUGCGAGGUCCGUUGUUUGAGACUUUAGGGGUGGAGGAAAAUACAUCAGCUGGUUCUCUGGAUAGAAGUUUGCGCAAAUCCAAAACUGGUCCCUCAUCUCUUAUUCGAGCAGCUUCUUCUGAAACGUCAACGGAAGAUACACCCAAGACCAAAGUAUUCCGCAAAAGUUCCUCCUUCUCUCAGGGAGAUUCAGAACCCAUGCCACUUCACCGGAGAUUUGGAGCGCCGUUGGAGAUCCCAUCGGCAAGUAGUAGCAGUGGUAGUAUGGACGGGAAGAACCUGCAAGAGGCUACUUCCAUGUCUGCGCUCACAGAAAUCGAUUCGGCGAAGGAUUCCCCUACUGUGAAAGCAUCGUUCAGUCUGCCAGAAACAAGGGACCAAAUGGAUGAAAGUUCCGAUGAAGGUUUAGUUCUGAAGACCAAAAUGCACGAAGGAAAAUUGCUAGUCCCUCCAAUUAUUGUAGUUGAGGAAACCGUUGAGGAGAAGAAGGAAAUUCCAAAAAUAGUAAUACAAGAUAAGGAUGAUUCUGAAAGUGCCGUACUUUCAAUCAAAGCUUCCUCGCAGUCUACUGAAUCUUUACCAGAACAUCCAGCCGUAUUCGCCAAAGUUGCAACCACGGACCGAACAUUUACUCCAGAAAUGCCAGCCCUCGCGCGACAACCUGUACUACGAAGUGACAUUAAAGAUAUCGAUUCCGAGGAGGUCUUUGAAGCGAGGUUCAAAAAGAGGGAAUCUUCUCUAACGCGUGGUCUCCGAAAACUAACCAGGAAUCGUUCAGAGGAAAGGUCACCAGUGAGGAAGUCAAAUGAGGGGGGGGAAGAGAUCUACCGCCCAGCAGCUAGAGGAGCUCCACUCGAGAUGGUCCAGAAAGGCCUUCAAGAAAGAUCAAAGUCUGUCCAAGAUCUCAGAGAGGUGGAGAAGGAUGUCGGUUUGGGAUUGACUGGGAGGUGGUCUCUGCGUUCCAAGAGAUCAUCAUCGGUGGAAAAGAAACCUGAGAAAGCCAAAGAAGAAACCGCAGCUAGCAAAAGAGUAUCCUGGGCCAUCGGACGCAGUAAGUCACUGGACACAAAAGAAGGUUCACAGAAACGAGAGGAGAAAUCGGAAGAAUCAGCAGUAUCCUCCAUGAGACGGAAGUUUGAGUCCAAAGUUUCUGAAAUUUCUGCCAAAAUCAGGACCCAGUCAGAAGAGAGGCGGGACAAGGACGGCAGCGGAAGUCACAAAGAUGUGAAGAAAGUGACCGAUUCACCAGUGCUGGCCAUGAAGCAGAGGUUUGAGAACAAAGUGGCAGGGAUCUCCUCCAAAAUCCGAAGUCAGUCUGAAGAGAGAAAAGUGGAAAAUGAAGGGAAGAGGACUCCGAUCUUCAGCCGUCACCGGCAUUCCCAAUCGGAGGGUCGCGGGCUCAAAGGAAUGGGCAUUCCGGAGAACCAGCUAGCAAAGCAGGCUUCAGCAGGUGCGUCCAAGGAGUCCAUCGAGUCCACCAGCAGCCAGACGGAGAAGGUGCAAGAGAGCGAGAGAAGAUCCAGAUGGGAUAGGUGGGGACUCUCCAGAAGUCGGAAGGAGCGGACAUCAUCCCAGCCUGAGGUGAGGGGAGCUGGGCAGGAGCAGUUCAGCCGCUCAGCCUCAGACUUCGCUCCGGUCUUCCACAUCAAACUCAAGGACCACGUGCUGCUUGAGGGGGAUCCGGUGACCCUGAGCUGCUUACCCGCCGGGAGUCCUCCGCCCGAGAUCGCCUGGAUGAAAGACCGUAAGCCCCUGGAGUUAGACGAGCGUAUGAACCUGAUCUCUCACCCUGAUGGCCGACAGCUCCUCACCAUCAUGAAGAGCGGCCGCAGAGAUGCUGGAGUGUUCGAGUGUGUGGCCACCAAUCCCAUUGCCGCAGUGACCACUUCCUGCACCCUCUCCAUUGCAUGUGUUCCCAAGCGGCCCGGAACGCCAGAGGUGCCUCAGACGUACAACAACACGGCUCUGGUGCUGUGGAAGCCCGCGGACACCAAACCCCCCUGCUCCUACACACUGGAGCGGAGGACUGAGGGUGAGUCUAGCUGGCUGACAGUUGCCUCGGGGAUAGUGGACUGUUACUACAAUGUAAGCGAGCUGCCGGAGGGUGGAGCGUUCCGGUUCAGAGUGUCCUGUGUGAAUAAAGCCGGGAAGGGCCCCUACAGCAACCUGUCUGCGCCUGUUACCGUGGGAACUACAGCUGGUGAUGCCCCUCCCCCUGUGGCGGUAGUGAAGACUGUCCCCGCCCCCUCAGAGCCGGUGGUCAUCUCUCCUCUUAAACCUGCCCACAACCACGCCCCCAAGAUCACCGUGGCAACUGCUGUCACCACCACCUCCUGCCCCAUCACCAUCCCUCCUCUCAAACCCGCCCACAACCACGCCCCUAAGAUCACCGUGCCGACCGUCACCACCACCACCUCCCUCAUCACCACGCCCCUAACUCCACCCUCCUCCGGGCCCGCAAGUCCCACCUCCGUCCCCGAAGACAAACCCGCCACCGCCACCAAAACGCCUCCCUUUGUCAUCACCAAAACGCAAAGUCCAGUGAACGUGGUGACGCCCAUGACGCAAACACCGCCCACAUCUGUAUCAGCCCCGCCCACUAUCGUAACCCCGCCCUCCACACCCACCAAGCCGGUGCUAAGCUCAGUCCCCACCUACAUAUCGACCAUAGCCAAGGCCCCCACCCCAGUAUCCUUCACCCCACACGUGCUGCAGACGUCCAGCCUGAGCCCCAUUGCCGACGGGACCAGUACCCCCAGAGGCACCCCCUCUGGACGGGGUACUCCAUCAGGACGGACCACCCCCUCCACCACUCUCAGACAGGGAGUACCCCAAAAACCGUACACCUUUCUGGAGGAGAAGGCCAGGGGGCGCUUUGGCGUGAUCCGCGAGUGCAGGGAGAACUCCACAGGUAAAAUCUUCAUGGCUAAGAUCGUCCCGUACAGUCAGGAGAACAAGGCGGAGGUGCUGAGGGAGUACGAGAUCCUCAAGAGCCUCCACAAUGAGAAAAUCAUGAGUCUGCACGAAGCCUACGUCACCCCCCGAUACCUGGUCCUGGUGUCCGAGUACUGCAUGGGCAAGGAGCUGCUGCACGCACUCAUAGACAGGUUCCGUUACUCGGAGGACGACGUGGUGGGGUACCUGGUGCAGAUCCUACAGGGUGUGGAGUACCUUCACAGCCGCAGAGUCCUCCACCUGGACCUGAAGCCAGACAACAUCCUGGUCACGAACCUCAACGCCGUCAAGAUCGUGGACUUUGGAAGCGCCCAGAGCUUCAACCCCCUGAGCCUCAAACAGCAGGACCCUCGUCUCGGGACACUCGAGUAUAUGGCUCCUGAGAUGGUGAAGGGUGAAGUGGUGGGUCCUCCUACCGACGUCUGGAGCCUCGGAGUCAUCACACACGUCAUGCUCAGCGGUCGUCUGCCCUUCGAGGACAAAGACCCUCAGAAGGUGGAGUCCAAAAUCCUUAUGGCCAAGUUUGACCCCACCAAACUGUACCCCAACGUGUCCCAGAGCGCAGCGACUUUUCUCAAGAAGAUGCUCAGCAGUUACCCUUGGGCUCGUGCGACGACACGCGACUGCUUCUCCCACGCCUGGCUCCAGGACUCUUACCUGAUGAAACUCCGGCGUCAAACCCUCAACUUCACCACAGGACGCCUCAAAGAGCACCUGGUGGAGCAGCAGUCCAGGAGAGCGGAGGGAGCCACGCGACAUAAAGUUCUACUGCGAACAUAUCAGGCCAAUACUACUACUACUACUGCUACUACUACUGGUACUACUACUGCGAAGCCAACCUGAAGUGAACAAGACAAGAUGGACCUUUCCGGCCUCUUGGAAUUGCUUAAACGUGGACACAAAUCUGGAAAACUCAAAUAUUAAUACAGUUUUGGGUUGCCAUGACGAUUUUGCAAUUUUUAUUUUAUUUUUUUUAAAGCCAGGUGCCCUUCCAGUCGCAACCUGCCACAUUACUGCGACUGGAGCGGGCGGUAAACGGAGGUGAGGUGUUUUGCCCGUGGACACAGCGGCAGUACGGGCGUAGGUAUUUAGGGAAUUGAACCGUCAACUCUGCUGUGAAACGCAAUAAUGAUGAAAAUAUGUGUAAAAUGAGCAAAAAUGGACUGAAUGCACAAAAUAAUUCAUCGCAAAGUUUUCAAUUUUGUUUUUUGUUUUUUGCGUAUUUGGUUCAUAAAUCCACAAUUAGCCUGCACAAUUAGCAUAUCUUGUAUAGCAUUCAACCCGUGGGUAUAGUACUUUUAUUUAAGUUGCUAACUUAUUUCUCAUGUUUGAAUCUCAAAGCCAAAAAAAGUGUUGUUUUUCAUGUUAAUUUAUUUGCAUGUGUGAGCGAGAGUGUACGAUUUAGGUGAAAUAAAGCCACAAUAGGAUGUUAGCGCUGUCGGUAUGCUAAUCCAAAACGUAGGGCUAGUCUAGGCGGAAAUUUGUGCGUAACCGUGUUUCAAAUUGUACUUGCAAAUCAUUAGCCUCACAGCAUAACGGCUUAAGACUGCAGACAAGUUUUGAAGGAUUUGAAUAAUCUUUAUGAUAAAAUAUGCGUAAAUUUUCCAGAUAUUUACAGUGGAAUGUUGUUAACUCAUCUAAAAGACCCGUACUUAUUUUUUAUAUGUGUUUUAGCUAAAGUUGUCUUACCCCAGUACAGAUAUAUUGUUUAAGCAGCUCUUGAAAUGAAAAUAAGUCUAAUUUUAAAGCGUUAGGAAAGGUGAGGUUAGCAUGCUAGUUGUUGUUAGAUUUACCGUGACAGAAAAGCUCCUCUCUGGCCUCUGAAAGUUGUGAAAAGCUCUUAUAAACUCACCAUGGUGAAUAAUUAGGAUGUUAAGAAUGCAUAAGGUAAGUGAGGAAUAACUUUGGACCACUGUAAACAAAACCAAAACUUUAAAACGAAUAAGUUCAGUUUUUCACAUUUCAACGACGGAAACGGCGACACGGCUUCACAUCAUGGAGAAAGAAUGGAUUUAGUUAUGAUGCCUUUUCAUUAUAACAGAUGCACUAUGGAACUUUUCUAAUGGGGAGCAAAAUGGGGUUUGCCACCUUUGCUUGUCUCCAUGGAGAUGUCAUUGCUUUGACUGGAAUGUUCUACAGUACGGCAUUAAAUGUAUCUAUGCUGCAUUUAGUUCAAUUUGAGUUGUUAGUGUGUGACCAGUUUUACAAUAUCAAACUUUCUGAAUGAAGUUAAGUUACCGUAACAAUAAACACCC